AUGACAUCCAGGCCUAGGCCCAGGCCCUGUGUGUCUGACUCCACGGACCUCUCCCAGGUUUUGCUUGUCACCUUCGUCGUGUCGUCUUUCGACUUCCUGGUAGUGGCACUGUGUUCCGACAGUCCGCUCACGUUGGAGGACCUUCCUCCCACGAUGGAGCUCUACUGGAACCUUGGUGGCAAGGCGAUGAAGAACCUCUUCCACGGACAGGAAAACUAUCACUGGGGCUUCUUGCUGCUGUUCGCUGUCAAGAACUUCUUCUUCGCUUGUUGGAACUAUGGAACGGGGGUCCCCAGUGGCCUUUUCGUUCCUUCUCUGCUUACUGGCGCCGCCUUCGGGCGACUGGUGGGGCAGUUAGUAGCGGUGCUCAGAGAUCUUGACACAGACGGCAACUCCCCGUUCUCGUUCGUCGCCCAACCUGGUACCUACGCUCUCAUCGGAGCUUGCUCCAUGCUUGCGGGCACGGCGCGCAUUACGAUCUCCUUGGCAAUGAUCCUCAUGGAGACCAGUGGAGAAGCUGAGUUUGGACUUCCAAUCUUCCUUUCGGUUAUGGUUGCGAAGUGGGUUGGCGAUCGCUUCAACAGGGGCAUCUACGACUUGCAUAUCAUCGAGCUCAAGCACAUUCCAUUUCUGGAGCAGAACCCGGAGAAGGAGAUGAUUCCCUUGCAGGCCCGUGACGUCAUGCAGCGGAAUGUGGUGACCCUGGAGCUCGUUGAAUCUGUCUCCAACCUGGUCGAGGUGCUUGCCGGCGAGAAUCACCACAGCUUUCCGGUGCUCUACCCCGGCACGAAGCGCGUGGCGGGUAUGCUGUCCCAGUCAGUCCUGCGAAGGAUCCUGGAACACGGAGAGGAUUCGGGUCUCUUCGUGGCCCAUGGCGACCCGGCACCAACCAAGCACAUCUCCUGGCAGAAGAUGCUGCCCUCGAUGCCCUUCAGGUGCCAGACACCUGCAGAGGUGCGGGAGCUAGUGGCAGAUCACGUCGAGAAAUUGGUGGACCUUCGGCCGUAUGUGAACCGAAACAGCCUCUUCGUUUUAAAGUAUACUUCGGUUUGGAACUGCUACAGGCUUUUCCGCCAGCUCGGGAUGAGACAUCUUGCUGUGCUCGGUCGAGACGGAAGUUUGGUUGGCAUCAUCACGCGCAAGGACCUCAUCCUAGCAGCGGAAGCUGCUGAAGAGGGUGAAGAGACCAGCGAUGAUGAUGAGGACCAGUUCGACGAGGAGGCGAGAUCGCCUGAGAUCAACUUCGCUCCAAGUCCUGGAAGCGACCACGAAGAAGACGGAAUCAGUUCCCUUGUACGCAUCAACACCAAAUCUACGACGCGUUCGAACACCUCCGGGCUGUCGCAGCGGCAGCCUCUUGGUGGAACUGUUUCGGGCAGCAGUGCGGUUGUGAGGUCCGUCAGCUUAAGGAACUGA